CUGUAGCUCAGGGAUCCGGACUGUCACUUGCCGCCGCCCUGGUGUCCCAUCCUGCCGCGGCCGCCGCUGCCACCCCUCCCUGCCCUUCAUCCCCUCCGCUGGCCCGGGCGGCCUGCGCAUGGUGGCCAUGCAGAGCGCGCUGCUCCCUUUCCUGGCCCUCUGGGCGGGCUGCUGCCCUGGAGGGGCCCUGACCAGGCAGGGGCCGGGCCUGAGAGAGCCCGUGCUGCAGCCAGCCUCCACAGGGCUUCCCACCCUGCGGCCGCUGCUGCCCAGCCCGUCUGGGCCCCCCGACGGGGCCUCCCAGCAACCCAGCCCUGGAGGCUGGCGUCGAAAGAAAGAUCACACCCGAGGCCAAGGUGGCAGCGGCAACUCGGAGACCACAGGUCGUGGGCGGAAAAGGCCUGGAAGCAGGCAAGGGCACGGCCAUGGGCUUGCAGACCCGGGCGCUAUGGAGCAGGCCAUGCCCUCCCUGCCGGCCUCCUGCCUCCUGGCCCAGGCGGCCAUUGCCUGUGGCAACGUCAAGAUGAAACACGUCCCUGCCCUGUCCGACCCCAGCCUGACGACGCUCUACCUGGCAGAGAAUGAAAUUGCCGAGAUCCCGGCCCACGCGUUCCUGGGAGCGCCCAACCUGGAGUGGCUGGACUUGAACAAGAACAAGCUGGAUGCCCUUGGCCUGCACCCCGAUGCCUUCAAGAGUCUGCCGCGGCUGACGCGGCUGAACCUGGAUGGGAACUCACUCUCCACGGUGCCGGCCUUGCCUGCCUCCCUGCAGGAGCUCAACCUCAACAACAACCUUCCGCAGGGCCUGCAGCGCAGCAGCUUCCGGGGGCUCGGCCAGCUGCUCACACUGGAGGUGGAAGGGUCCCAUGGGCUGCACGAUGGGAACCUCUCCCCGCUGGCCUUCCAACCCCUACGCAGCCUGCUCUACCUGAGGCUGGACCGGAACCGGCUGCGGACCAUCCCGCCCGGCCUACCAGCCUCCCUGCAGGUGACUGCCUUGGGCACCAACGUCAUCGAGGAGGUGACAGAGGGCACACGGAACCGCAGCCGCAGCCUCAGCGUGCUGGCUCUCAGCAACAACCGGCUCCAGGAGGACCGGCUGGCGCCCCGCGCUUGGCUCGAUCUCCCGUGACUGGAGGCCUUGGACUUGUCGUACAACCGGCUGGUGCACGUGCCCUCCUUCUUGCCCCGGGGCCUCCGCCGCCUGACACUGCACCACAACCGCAUCGAGCGCAUCCCCGGCUACGUGUUCAUGCACAUGAAGCCGGGCCUGGAGGUCCUGCAUCUUUCCCACAAUAGCUUGCGUGAGGACGGCAUCCGCGGCGUGUCCUUCCUGGGCCUGCAAGCCUCCCUGGCCGAGCUGCUCCUGGACCACAACCAGCUGCAGGCCGUCCCACAGGGCCUCCUGGGCCUCAGGGCCCUGCAGGUGCUGAGCCUGAGCCACAAGAUCAGGCACGUGCCCCUGAAUUCCAUCUGUGACACACGCGUGGCCCAGGACUCCAACCUCAUCUCCACGCACCUGGAGAACAACCUUAUAGACCGGCGUCAUAUCCCACCCACCACGUUCUCCUGCAUCCGGGCCUACCACAGCGUGGUCCUCCAGCCCCAACAGGGGGAGGGGGCGUCCGCCUAGCCCCAUCAGCCUUCCCCGCCCCCUGCUCUUUUGGGACUGGGUGGGUGGCGGGGCAUCUUUGCACCACUGGGAGAAAGAUCUAGAAGACCCUGCUGCUUCAGAUGCACCCAUGUCCCAUUGACUGCUGAGGCCCCUUAACUUAGUAAAUGACCCAGC